AUGAUUGAUAUCAUCACUCACUCACAGCUCUUUUUUGUUUCGAUCUUACUUAUACCAUAUGUUUCACCUCUCAACUCAAAUUCAAUUGAUUGGUGCGAAUACUGGGCGAGGGUCGCUAAACAAAAUGAGUUUUUGAAGACCGAUCGACCAGAAUGUGUUGGAUAUGAAUUGCCAGCCGGAUUCAAACGAACUGAAACCUUUGCCUGCUCAAAAACCGAGAUCUAUAACUGCCUGGAUUGUGAGCCAACAUGUCACAAUCUUGUCCCAAAAUGCCGCAAGGUACGACGAAUAUUCGCAACAGUUUUCACGAUUCACGACACGAGAGUACAGCGUAGUGUUCAGGAACAAUGUAAUAAAGGAUGUGUUUGUAAGAAUGGUCUAGCCAGGAAUACCGAAGGAAAGUGCGUUACACUUCGAGAAUGUGCCGCCCAGUCACCACCGAAAAAUGAUUCUGUGAAAGGAGAGGAAGAGGAUGGGACUGUUAUGAAGACAGUGAAAAAGAUGGUUCCAGUCAUUGUAAAUGAUGUCUGGAAAGCGCUUUUCAACUCAAUCAGUACUCCGGACACUCAAGGGAAAACCGGCAAUAAAGAUGUGAUAACUCCAGUCUUGACGCCUGUGGAAACAGAAUCCAGAGAUAAGAAUGUGAAUAUCACUUUCACUGCACCAGCACCAUCUGAAAUCAAGGAUGAGAAGCAACUUCAGAAAGGAUUUUAUAUCGAUUAUCCAUAA